AGCAGCCUCCAUGCCCAUUGCCCACCAUGGCAGACAGUUGGUUUGGUCAUCAACUUUACUGAUCUACCUCAACAGCUGUAAGUCUAAACUUGCAGUCCCUCAGUUGUGCAGCAACUCAUAGUGAGUAGGGAAAAGGGGACUUGAAACUAGGACAGGAGCAGUCUGGCCCCUUUCCCUUCGAACCAGAGGCACAGAUUUGCGACAGGGGGAGAGAAGGCACUAGUCUUAGGCGGAGAGAGAAAAAGAGAAGAGACUUUCUGGGAAGCUUGCUGCAGUCACUGAGGAAAGAAGCCCCUGGGACACAGACCAGUGUGUCCACAUUGCAGAACAUCCAAUUUUAUAGAUUUUUUUUAUCAUUAUCAUAUCAAGGGAAGAAUAUUCACUGAACAGAAAUCUCACUACCUGGAAACAUGCACAAGCGCACAAAGAUAAAGAUUGCCAUCUUCGUGCUGCUGGUGGGUAUGGCUUGCAUGUUCACAGCGGUGGUAACGGACCACUGGGCAGUGCUCAGCCCGAAGGUGGAUAAAGUCAAUGAGACCUGCGAGGCAGCCCACUUUGGCCUGUGGAGGCUGUGCAAGAAGCACAUUUACAUGACCUCGGAAAACUACGUGGACGGGCAUGGCUGCGGACCCAUCAGCCUGCCUGGAGAGGAAAACUGCACGUACUUCAGGCACUUCACUCCAGGGCAGGACGCUGAGAUAUUUGAAUAUAAAACACAAAAAGAGUACAACAUCUCUGCUGCAGCCAUCUCCAUCUUCAGUCUGACCUUCAUGAUACUGGGGUCUCUGUGUUUGCUGGGAUCGUGUACUGGUAAAGGCAAAGGAAGAGACUACCUCCUCAAACCUGCUGGCAUGUUCUUUGCAUUUGCAGGUCUCUGCGCCUUCAUCUCGCUGGAGGUGAUGCGUCAGUCAGUCAAACGAAUGAUCGAGAGCGAGGACACCAUCUGGAUCGAGUACUACUACGCCUGGUCCUUCGCUUGCGCCUGCACUGGCUUCAUCCUCCUCUUUCUCACCGGCAUCGCCCUCCUGAUCCUCUCCAUGCCCCAGAUGCCCAGGAAUCCAUGGGAGACUUGCAUGGACGCUGAGCCAGAGCAAGCAGAGUGAUAGCUACACGGACAGAUGAAUGUUGGAUGAGAGUGACUUUGUCUAUUGUUUCGAGUACAGAUGUUAGAUUCAUUUCAAGAACAAGACCUGGCCAUAAAAGGGUACGGUCAUGAUGACAGAGACUGGCUCUGAUGUGGAUGGGCUAUAACCAUGAUGGGAAUUCAACCUCCCUACAAUUACACAGCAACCUUGCCUUAUCCUGUAUGCCCACCAAGGGUGUAAAAUACACAAGUCCUCUCCAUUACCUCCGUGGGUAUGGUUCAUGUUGGAGAGCAGAGCUCAGAUCUGACCUGUGGCUUAAAACCCAUUAUACUUCUCAGCAAGACCAGCAGACCUGGGCCAAAUGGUAUUUGCAAAUAUCUGAAAGCACUUUUAGUGUGCUUCCCUUUCUCUUCAUCCUCAACAUUUCAUCCUUCAUCAUCUGCAUAUAUAGAAAAAAUUUUAAAAAUGAUUGAUCACUGUUAUGUGUUUAUGGUUUUAUUUGAUCUCCCAUAUGUCAUCAUCAUGCACACCUUAGUUAAAAAAAACAUUAACAUACAUACAACAAUAACAUUUUGAGACUAUAGUAAAUACAGUUAUGGCUUGACAACAACUUGGUUUUAUGUACUGCAUUAUGUAUGAUAUCUUGUACAUAUCUAAUGUUCUGCUGUUGAUUUUUGUAUGGUGUUGCUCAAAGAAUCACUCACUCACAGUAAGUAAGACAAGUCAAGAUCUACAUGUCAAGUUGUAUAUUUAUUAGAUUUAUAAAGAACCUUUCAAGAUGAAAAAAUGUCCCAUUAAAAUAAGAACUUUGUGGGUAAAUGAAUGAUUUUAGAGCAAAGCAGUAGCACAGAGCAGGUUUGUGUGUGUAUAUGUGGCAGGCUGAAUGCUAAACACCCACACAGUCACAGCACAACGCUGAUCGUGCUGGAAAAGGUUCAGUUCUAGCAGGUGCACAUACAAGGCCUUUUACUUUUUUUGCUGACGGCUUCCAAACCGAGCCGAUACAAAAAAUUCUCUGUUCAUUUUAAUGUGUCACGGGCCCACUUGAUGUGCGAAAAAUUGAUAUUUGCAUCUGUCCCUGUUACUGUAUUUUCAAGGUGUCAAACAAACGUACAUAUGACACAACUCUAUUACUCAGCUGCAAGUAGCAAUGCAACCGUUGCUGCACAUCAAGUGCGUUAUUUUUAAUUUACAGCCGUCAAUAAAAGUUGACACUUUGACUUAGAGUUACAAGUGUAUUUCACUUGUAAUUGCUUACAGUAUGAAUGACAAUGCUGCUCAGUCACAGCUUUGCUAACUCAGUUUUUGGUAUGAGAUACAGCAACAAAGGAGGAAAGUGAAAAUGUGGACCAGUGCUGCAAGUUAAAACCACUUUGGUCCAGCUGCGUUUUUUGAGAAACUGUACAACUUCUGGAGGAGAUAUGAGGGGCCUCCACAGCAUAUACAUUAGGCUACAUCUUUUCUAAUUUAGAGUGUGCCACAUUAAAAAAAAGCAAGGUAAUAGAAUGAAGACAUUCAGGGGGCAUGGCAGAAAGAUAAUUAUUUGUGAUGAUGAUAAAAUGCAAAAACAGUAUAUCCAUAUUACAAAUUGCAAAGACUUUUUCUAAACAGGUCCCUGUAUGAUCUUGCAGUUGUGUUGUACUGUAGCUGUGGGUAUUCUGAGACAAACCAACAGUCUCUCAACCAGACAUUUGUUUUUACUUUGCUUGGCAUCGCCCGUGACAUAACUGCUACUGCCCCGGCCAUGUAUAUAUAAGUGAGCAGUUUAGGAGUUAAUAGAUUUGACCUUUCUGUGCAAAACCUGGUGUGAUGUCAAAGCAAAUCGCGCUGCUCUCAGUUAGGCAGCUGUUUAUGAGAGCUGCAGUCAUCCAUGCACCGAGCCUCUUCGGGACAAAAGUCCAUUUAAUACGUUUUACUUCUCAGUUCAUUUAUUUUGUCUUUCUUUUUCCAAUAUUUUUGACUGAUUUAAAAGCUGAAAUCAAACAGGAAUAGUGAAAAUUGUGGCAACUGCUGACAUGAGCUUUCUAUAUAUUCUUAGUAUUUCUUAUGUUUUGGACUUUUUCAUUGAAUAUGGCAUGCAAAUCAAACAAGUUUUGGAAUUAAGUAGAUUCUGUGUGAGUGUGUUUGUUAUGAACUAUAACUUUGUAAUGAAAAUUAAAACUUGAUAAGCUUUAGAAAACCUCUGUCUGUCCUCUGAGAUCCCUUAGUGUUCAAGUUUCCUUUUCCUCCAUGUAACACAACACGACAGGUAACACCUCCCCUGUUGAGUGGCUAUGAGUAGAUGUUGAUUAAAGGAGAAGCUGCUGAUGAAGUCCCCAUUAUGACCAUUUUCAAGGUGCAUUUCAAUGAAUACGAUGUCUAAUUGCUGCUUUAGAGGUUUUUAAGUAACAAAACGCUCAAAUUUAAAUAAAAGAACAAAUAAACUUUGAUAUAAGUUUGACAUUUUCCAAAACACAAAGUAAACCGUAUGACAUACAGCAUGAAUUCUCUAUAGUGCAGUCUUUUAAUGCAGAGAAUGAUGUGGGGAAAAAGACACAGAAUUCAAGAAUGUUUCAAUAAAAACACUUUAAUAGAGAAACAAAUAAAAAAGAAAAUAAACCUUUGAAACACAGUCUAAAUCCUUUAUUAUAACCACCACCAAUUGAAAUGAAGAAGAGUAAAACAGAUCUAUUCAUUAUUUUGUACCCACGAGGGAGGAACCAAUGGGACUGGGAAGCUGGGAGAACAGGUGUGCCAUUGAUUCACUGCAGCGAGGGAAGAACAGAGGAGAGCAAACAGAUAACAAGAAGAGAUGUGGCGUUUAUAGAAGGCUGAACACAGUGCUCUCUACUGGCUGGGCAAAAGGUUGCUCCCUUUUCAUGUGCCUGCCACCUCCCACCCUGCCACCCCCCCCCCACACGCAUACACAUACACAAGUUGGUUUCGCUUUUUUCUUCAAAAGGCAACGCAGAAUGUUUUCAAGAAAAGAAUAAACUUCAGAUGGUGAUAUAUGGUGCAAUACUGGGAGGUGAAAACAUUUCAAAUCCAACUUCAUUUGAAGAGUCAGUGCCCUUCAUUUCCGAGCAAGGAUCCUGUCAAACUAACUUUUUUGAAAUACAAAGAUGUUUUUUAGGAAAAAAAGAAAAAACAUUGUAAAUAAAAUCCCUUUAAAAUGUCUUUGGCUCAAUCUCUUCUGCUUCAAAAAUAAAUAAAAGUGUAGCUGGAGAAGCGGUGAAAUAUUAGUAUUGCACAACUUCAGAGAUUAGCCAACGACUGCUUUGUGGAAAAUUGAUCGCCCAAACAAACGUGUCUGAAGCUUUUCGGGAAUUCAACACACGCUAGGGAGCAACCUCAGCUUUAAGCCCUGCUAAGUAACUGCAGAAAAAAAAGAGAACUUACAUGACCAUUACAUAUUUGAUUGACAUGUUAGUAAAAUAUUAUAAUAGUUUCGUUGAUAAUGUCACAAGUUAUUGUACACAUCAAAUAAUAUACCAAAAUUUGACUCUGUAGGUUGAACAAAAGCUUUUUUUUUUUUUCUUUCUUUUUUUUCAUCCACAAAUCAAUACAAACUGAUAAAAACAGGGAUAAAAACCAGCCAGGUCAUCUCAACAUGCAUGAAAAGAAAAACAGUCUUCACAUUACAAAAAAAAAAACAAAAAACAAAA